AAAAACUAUACAUUUUUAAAAAUCAUAUCAAGAUGGGACUGCACAUUUUUUGGCCAGCAACCACUUGUUUAACACUUUUUGUUGUGUGUAUAAUAAUAAUCUUAUUAAAAUAUGGUUCACAAAUUUGUAAGGUACGGCAUACAACAUUGCCAUCUGACCGAGAAUGGGAAGAGAAAGCAUAUUCACGAAAACUUUCAAUUUCCAUGGCAUAAAGUUAGAUAGAUAUCACCAUAUGUUUUCAUAUGUCAUCU